AUGUUGAGGACCUCGGGGGUUCUUGUUGAGCAUCUUGCCGUCGGCGCCGACGAGGCGGACGGAGGCGUUCGCGGCGGCGAUCUCCUCGCGGCUCGUGCAGCAGUAGUCCCAGGGGGUGCCGCAGUGACCGUCGCCCUCGCUCACGCAGGGGUUGGGGACGGACUCGUCGAUGAGGACGAAGACGCUCGAUUCGGUUCCGAGUGCGUCCAUUCGUCCGCCGAUGAGUCCGGUGAGGGUGAUGGAGUCGCCCUCUUUCGCGGAUUCGCGGGCCUGGACAACGGUCAUCGCGUCUGCGGGCAUCGAGGCGAGGAGCCAUUCGGGGGAGGCGCUGGUGGUGGCGGGCUGCUGGGUGCUGGUCGAAGUGGAGGCGGAAUCGUCCGCGGCCUCGUUGCAGGCGGCGAGGGGGAGGGCUUCGGUGAUGGGAAGGCGGAGGCACCGGACGGCGGGCGGGAGCGCGCCGAUGAGGCCGACGGCGAGGCCGCCGGCGAUGCCGGUGAGGAGGACGGGUGGGUCGAGGGUGAGGGCGAAGGCGCCCAUGGAGAAACGGACGGCGAGGCCGUCGAGGAAGGCGAGGCCGACGGCGAGCCCGAGGACGGCGCCGAUGGCGGCGGCGAAGAGGGAUUCCUCGGUGAGGCUCACGACGAUGGCGCUGCGUGUGUAGCCGAGCGCCUGGAGCAUGCCGACCUCGCGGACGCGGGCGGCGAACGCGGCGUACAUGGUGUUGAGCCCGCCCAGGAUGCCUCCCGACGCGAUGAGCAGCGCGGUGAUGAUGAUCAUGACGCGGAUGGGUCGGUAGAACUCGGCGAUGGAGCUGUAGUAGGUCGAUUCGCGGACGGCGGUGAUCUCGAGGUCGAGGCGGCUUUUGGCGAAGAAGUCGGCCUCGGCAAAGGCACCGUCUUCGCCGAGCGAAACGACGACGCAGCUGAUCGAGGCCUCGCGCUUGGUGGCGAUCUGGAGGUCCGUGAUGGGGAGCCAGAUCUCGGCGUUCAUGACGGUGUUGGGCGCGUCGAACUUCCCGACGAUGGUCCAGGCGCGGUUGUCGAACCAGAGGGUGUUCCCGAUGGCAAGGCGUUCGUUGGGCACGCCCAGUCGUGUGGCGGCGAGCGCGCCGACCAUGAUUUCUUCCUCGCCGCCCCGCGGGAAGCGGCCCUCGACGAUCUCGAGUUCCGGGUGGACGAGCAGGGCGACGUCGCGGACGCCCCGGAGGACGGCGUUGAGGUCCUUCGUCGAGCUCGCGUCCUCGCGGAGGGGGAGGGCCAUGUGGAUCUCGGGGGAGACGUAGAGCUCGCCGGCGGUUUCCUUGAUGCCCGGGAUGCUCGCGGCGGCGAUGGACUCGACGGCGGAAUCGAUCUGCGAGCGCUCGAUGCCCUCCUCGGAGCCGGUGCCGAGGAUGAUGACGUUCUCGUGGAGCGGCGCGGCUUGCGUGAGCGUGAGCUGCAUGCCUCGGACGAAGCCGGUGGAGGCGAGGACGAGGAUGACGACGAGGGCGGCGCCGAGGAGCGAGGCGGCGAGGCGCACGCGCGAGCGUCCGAGGUUGCGGAAGGCGAUCUCGCGGCGGGAGGCCUGGAUCGCGGGGACGAGCCCGGCGGCGACGGCCAGGGCGGAGCAGAUGAGCAUGCCGGUGGCGAGGAGGCCCGCGUCGGCGACGAUGGGGAUGGACUGGCCCUCGACGGAGAGGGCGAAGGAGGAGUACUCGGUGACGGCGAGCGCGCCGAAGGCCCCGAGCGCGCCGCCGGCGAGCGCGAUGACGACGCCCUCGCCCACGAUGAGCCACGCGAUGAUCGUCCCGCGGAAGCCGAGGGUCUGGAGGACGGCGUGCUCGGCGACGCGCGACUGGACCGAGAGGACGAUCGCGUUGCCGACGAGCGCGAGGACGGCGAGGAGGCAGCCGAGCCCGAGCCAGCGGGCGAAGCCGACGAGCUCGAUGAUGUCGUCCGCGAUGCGGCCGACGAAGGCUUUUUCGGUGAACGUCGCGGUGGGCUCCUGCGCGGUGCGGAACAUCUCGUCGAUGUCGCUCGCGACGCGGUCGAGCGUGCCCGAGUCCUGCACGCGCACGUUGAACUGGGUGACGAGGCCCAGCUCGUCUCGCCCGGCGAGCUGGACGAACUCGAGCGAGGUGUACGCGACGUUGUGGUCCUGCGGGUCGUCCGAGCGGACGACGCCGGCGACGUACGCGGUGAUGCCCGCGGCGUCGAACGUCAUGCCGGGCUUGAGGCCUCGGCGGGUGGCGAGGGUCUCUCCGAGCAGCGCGGCGUCGGUGCGCCGGUUCCAGUCUUCGAUGGAGCCGGCGAUGAUCUCGAUCUUGUUGCGCUUCUCGUCGAGGAAGGCGUCUUUGGGGACGCCGCGGAAGGUGACGACGUCGAGGGACGUGCGGCAGUUGGAGACGACGACUUUGACGGGCACGGCGGAGACGACGCCCUCGAUGCGCGAGAUGCGGGAGACGUAGUCCUGCGGGAGGACGCUCGUCGCGGGGCAGUAGCGGUCCUUGCGGUAGACGACGAGGGUGGUCUCGUUGGCCUUUUCCUGCGUGGCGAGUGUGACGCCUCGUUGCAUGGCCUGGACGGAGGUGAAGAGGAACAUGGCGAUGGCGAUGCCGGCGGCGGUGAGGAUGGUGCGCACGCGGUGGCGCCAGACCUGCUUGAGGUGGAGUGUUCGUUUGGCGUAGUUGGUGGUGGCGGGGUCGUGGGUAACCAUGACGACGGUGGCGCCGGUUUCUUCGUUGAGCUGGACGAGGAGGGCCAUGAUGGCGUCGGCGGAAACUUUGUCGAGGUCUCCGGUCGGCUCGUCGGCGACGAGGAUGGCGGGGUCGGUGACGAUGGCGCGGGCGAUGGCGACGCGCUGCUCCUGGCCGCCGGAGAGCUGGCGGGGGAAGUGGUCGGCGCGGUCCGAGAUACCCACCCGCUCCAGCGCACGGGAGACGCGAUCGUGGCGCUCCCGGCGCGAGAGCGGGUGGAUGAGCAGGGGGAGCUCGACGUUCUCGUAGGCAGUGAGGACGGGGACGAGGUUGUAGAGCUGGAAGACGUAGCCGACGUUUUUGGAGCGCCAGUCCGCGAGCUUGGCGCGGGAGAGCCUGGCGAUGUCCUGGCCCUCGACGACGAGCGAGCCCGAGGUGGGCGUGUCGAUGCCGGCGAUGAGGUUGAGGAGGGUGGUCUUGCCGGAGCCGGAGGGGCCCAUGAGGGCGAGGAAGUCGCCGCGCUCGACGCUCAGGUCGAGGCCGUCGAGGGGGCGGAUGGUGUUCUCGCCCUUGGUGUACUCGCGGACGAGCUGGGCGAGCGUGACGCGCUGGCCUUCGGCGAUAUCGGUAUCGCCCGCGACGAGGAGGUCGCCCGGGCGGAGAUCGGCGCGGAUGCGGGCGUGGCCGGCGAGCUCUUCGACGAUGCGGACGCUCACGGGCGACGCGACGCCCUUGCCGUUGCGCCGGUCGCGGACGACGAGGACGGUGGCGGUGUCGCCGGUUCGGUCGCGGAGGGCGUCGGCCAUGACGAGGACGGGCGGCGAUUCGGACGCGCUGCCGCCCGUUGCUCCCCCGCUCGCGACGGGCGAGUCAGGCAGGAACUUCACGCGGGUGAGCAUCUCGGGCUUGAGGAUGAGCGGCGGGUCGACGACGCGGACCUUGAUCUGCAGGGUGUUCUUCUGGAGAUCGGCCUCGUGGGUGAUGCGGGUGACCUCGCCCUUGAACGUGGUGUCGGGGAGGACGUCGACGACGACCUCGCACUUCUGGCCGACGGAGACGUGCGACGCGUCGGCGAGGGGGACGUCGACGCGGACCUGGAGGUCUUCGGGGUCGUAGAUGUGGACGAGGUGCGCGGAGUGCUCGGAGUCGUUGUCGAGCAUGACCUUGUCGCCCGGGCGCUUGAGGCGCUUCUGGACGAGGCCGGAGAUCGGCGCGUGGAUGUCCAUGCGGCUCAGGCGGAGCUCGGCUUCGGCGACGCGCGCCUCGUGGUUGGCGACGGUCGCGCGGGCCGAGUCGAGGGCGCGUUUCUCCUCGACGCGGAGUUCGUACUCGCGCUCGGCGGCCUUGAGCUUGGCGCGCUCUCGGGCGACCUGCGCCUCGAGGAUGGGGCGGCGCUGGGUGACGGCGUCGAGGAGGGCCCGCUGGCGGUCGACGUCCUUUUGCCGGAUGACGACCUCGAAGGCGUUCGCAGCAUUCGACCUCUGGGCGUUCUCGAGGCGGGCGAGGUCUUCCUGCAUGCGCUCGAGCAUGGCGCGCUCGGCGGCGAUGAGGGCGGGGAGCUGGGCGAGCUGGGCCUCGGUCUCCGCGAGCUCGGCGCGCUCGAACUCGACGGCGCGGACGCGCUGGACGGGGUUGUCCCAGUCGGUCUCGGCGGCUUCCAGCUCGGCUCGCGCGGUGGCGAGUUCGGCUGUCGCGCGGUCGAGGGCGAGCUUGGCGUCGUCCUUGACAAGGGUCGCGACGAGCUGGCCGGCCUCGACGCGCUGGCCUUCGAGCACGUGGAUGGUUUCGAGGACGCCCUCGGCCAGCGCUGUGCAGGCGGUGGUGUAGGGGUCGGCCUCGAUCCAGCCGGGGGCCUGGACGGUGACGGUGGAGCGCGGGGCGUCCGCCGGUUUCGACUCGGCGGGGGCGUCCUCGGUCGGCGCGGCGACGACGGGGACGACGCGCACGGUGGGCGCGGGGCGGAGGGUGUCGCUCGCGGUCGAGACGACCAUCCCGCCCAGGAUCAGGGCGAGCGCGGCGACCGCGAUGAGCGGCCAGCGGGAUUGGCGCGGCGCGCGCACCGGCGCUCUGGGGGGGUGGAUCAGCUCGAACGCUGCGCCGUCGUCGUCGAAGCGGUCGGCGGUCGGGCGGUCGUGAUCGGUGGCGUUCGCGGGGCGCGGCGCCGUGUCGGUCGGCGUGCUGUCGAUGGGCGUCUUGGCGACCAUGCAGCAGGGGCCGGGGCAGUUGCAGUCGGUGCAGGGGGCGCGGUCGUCUUCGGGCGCGUCGGUCUGCCCGUCGGAAUCGUCGUUGUGCGACGAGACGGCGCAGCAGGUGGGCGCCGAGGGCUCACCGGUUUCGGUGGCCUGAGAUUCUUCGAUGCAGCAGCACGGGCCCGCGGCGAGGGCGGCGCUGGGGAGCAUCAGCGCGAGCGCGAGGAGCGAGGCGAUGAGGCGGGUUGUGCGGGUGAGUCGACGCAUGGGCUGGUUCUUGUAUCGAUCGGAUGGCGGUGCGUUGCCAGUGAUCUCCCGGAGAAGGAUACGUUCGGCGAGGGCUCCGGAUCAAUGAAUACGGGAAAUUCGGAGAGGGGCUCCGAUUCUGCGGGCGAUGCGUAUACAGUGGCCCGUCGUGUCCGCGGCGGGUUCGUUGGAGAGCUUGCGUGGGCGCCGUGGCGACGGGAUCGCGGUGCGUCCCUCGCCGAUCGCCUGAAUUUGGAGCAGAACGAGAUGAAGAGAAGCGGGAUGUUCGUGUGCGGUGCGCUGGUGGUCUCGGUCGCGGGGGCGUGCGCUUCGGCGCAGUUCGACCCGCCUGCCGGGUACUACUCCGGCGCGACGGGGACGGGGGCGACGCUCAAGGGCCAGCUCUACGACGCGAUGCGCACCGGGCACGUCCAGCGCAACUACGGCAGUUUCCGGAACUCGGCGAUGCUGCACGACGCGGACCCGGACACUCCGGGGAACAUCCUGCUGGUGUACAACCGGCAGUCGGUCAGCGGGGUGUGGAACAGCGGCGUGACGUGGAACCGCGAGCACGUGUGGCCGCAGUCUCUGCAGCCCGGCUCGGCGAACAACUCGACGACGGGGAACCUGGGCGACCCGCACGCGCUCCGCCCGGUCAACCCGGGCGUGAACGGGGCGCGGGGGAACCUGGCGUUCAGCCUGAACGACGGCGGUCCGUUCGGCGGUGGCGGCUGGGACCCUGGGCUCGCGGACCGGGGCGAUAUGGCGCGGUGCCUGUUCUACUCUGACACGCGGUACGGGCCGGAGCUGGGGCUCUCGCUGGUGCGGAGCGAUUCGCCGGGGGCGAACCAGAUGGGGAACCUCGACUUCCUGAUCGCGUGGCACUACGAGGAUGUGCCGGACCAUUUUGAGCUCCGCCGCAACCACGUGAUCGCGACGCAGAGCGAGAACCCGGCGUUCUUCACGAGCAACCGCAACGCGUACGUCGACCGCCCGGAGUUCGUGUGGUCGGUGUACCAGGGGCAGGACAACGACACGCGUCUGAGCUUCGGCGCGCCGGAUCCGGACGGCGGUUCGGACGUGGUGGUCGAUCUCGGGGCGGUGUUCGUCGAUCUGGCGGGCUCCUCAGUGCUGAGCGUGACGCUGGAGAAGGACGGGGAGGACGGGACGUACUUCGAGAUCUCGACGAGCGGCUCGGUCGUUUCGCCGGACGCGGGUCGGUACAACGCGUUCCCGAUGACGGGCGCGGGGGCGGACUCGCGGGAGAUCGCGCUCACGCUCGACCCGCUCGCGGGGCUGAGCGCGGGCGUGGUGUCCGGGACGGUGACGGUGGACAACCUGGACGUGACGACGAUGGGCGGCGCGGGUCGCGGGGCGAACGACGCGGACGACACCGCGACGGUGACGCUGGCGGUGCUGGACCGCGCGAACGGGUCGUUCGAGCCGUCGAGCGACGUGAACAGCGUGUCCGCGGAUUUCGGCGAGAUCGAUCUCGGUCAGGGCGACGCGACGGUGCAGUUCAUGAUCCACAACCUCGAGUCGACGGCGGGCUUCACGGCCGGGCUCGACGCGGAGCUCGGCGGCUCGUCGGGCGACACGGGGCGGAUCACGACGGCGUUCGCGGGCGUCGACGCGCUGCCCGCCGGCGCGGCGGCGAUGAUCGAGUUCACGCUCGACGACGGCGUCGCGGGCGAUUUCCUCGCGACGUACGUGAUCGACGUGUUCGACGAUCGGGCGAUCGACGGGUUCGAGCAGGGCCACCCGCUGACGGUGACGCUGACGGGCACGGUGGGCGUGCUGGUGUGCGACGGCGACUGCGACGGGUCCGGCGUGGUGGACUUCAACGACCUGGUGUCGAUGCUGUUCGAGUUCGGGCCGGGGACCGGCGCGUGCGACGCGGACGGCGGCCUCGGCGCGGGUCCGCGUGACGGCGUCGCUGACGGUUUCGAGGAGCGUCGCGCGGGGGAUGGGCUUGGAGAGGUAGCCGUCGCAGCCGGCGUCGAGGCAGCGCUCGCGCUCGCCGUCCAUGGCGUGCGCGGUGACGGCGACGACGGGGAGUGUGUGGCCUCGCCGGCGCAGCUCGCGGGUGGCCUCGUAGCCGUCGAGCUCGGGCAUCUGCAUGUCCAUGAGGACGAUGUCGAACGGCGUCUCGCUGCCGGCGCGCUCUUCGAAUCGCUCGAUCGCCUCGAGGCCGUUGCUCGCGAGGGUGACCUGGGCGCCGGCUUUCUCGAGCUGGAAGCCGAUGAGCCGCUGGUUGUCCGGGCCGUCCUCGGCGAAGAGGACGCGCAGGCCGUCGAGGCGCACGCCGGCGGGCGUCGCGGGGCGGGGCGUGCCCGUCUCGCGUGGCACGCAGCAGGGGAUGGGCAUGUCGAUGAACUCGGCGUUCUCGAUCGGCCCGGGGUCGACGGUGAAGGUGAAGGUGCUGCCGCGACCGAACUCGGAUUCGAACGAGAGCGUGCCGCCGAGGAGCCUGCUGAGGGCGCGCGAGAUGCGGAGCCCGAGACCGGUGCCGCCGAAUUUCCGGGUGGCGGAGGCGUCCAUCUGCGCGAACGCGUUGAACUCCGCGGCGGCGGCGCGCUGGCGUUCGUUCAUGCCGAUGCCGGUGUCGGCGACGUCGAUGCGGAGCCGCGGCUCGUCGUCGCGGUUCUCGAGGGCGACGCGGACGGUGACGGAGCCGACCUCGGUGAACUUGAUGGC